ACCAUUUCUGCUCUGCUGAAUGGAACAUCAUUAUGCCGAACAUUUCUACACGUUAAAAAAAAACAACUACUUACCAACAUGAAUGUUAAAGUUAUCCUAUCACUGGUAACGAUUCUUCUGUGUGUUCUUUUAGGUACUGUGAAGUCUAACUCUGCUUCAGAUGAAGGAAGAGAGCCUAACUGUGAUGUUGGAGUGCCAUCAAGAUGCCCACGGAAUUAUGAUCCUGUAUGUGGCAGUGAUCAACAUACAUAUGACAACGAAUGUCUGCUCUGCGCAGAACAAAUAAAGAAAAAUAUUCAUAUUAAAAUUGCCAAAAAAGGAAGAUGUUGAGUGACGAGAAAGCCAAUGUCCAUGGCAUUCCUUUCUAUGUAGAGAUUUCUUGAUCAUUGAGAUGUAUGCUUUAAAUAAAAAGUCUUACUU